AUGGGUAAAGCUCGGAAGCCUGCUGUGAAGCAGAGCAGUAAGAAGAUGAAAUCUUUUCCAAAGCUAUCAACAUUGAUGAAAAAGGCCCAAAAUGCCAAACAACAGCAGCAAAAGCAAAAUCAACCUCGGAUUCCCUUUCGACCUUCUGACCGGAUUCUAUUGAUCGGCGAAGGAGACUUCUCGUUCGCACUAUCUCUCGCGACUCACCAUAAAUGCCGAAGGAGGCUUAUGGCAACAUGCUAUGAUAGCGAAGAGAAGCUACUUGAAAAAUACCCAGAUGCGAAAGGCCAUAUAGAACAACUCGAAGCCUUUUCGUCUCCAUCAACAGGCUCGAAGGGUGCCUUGAAGCGCAAAAGAGACGACAACGACGAUUCAGAGAGCCCAGAGGAAGGAGAUAAAGAGACACAGAACCACCUCAAAGCUGAUUCAGCUCAUACAUCAAAGUCAUCUGUAUCAUCGCCCAAGGUUGUCUUCUCAAUCGAUGCUCGAAAGCUAGGUAGUUCCGGAGGAGGCGGGAAAUUGAUACGGAGUGGCUUUCCUGUUCCCAGUCGAAAGCGAAACUAUUCAAACCGAGCCAACAAUGGCAGUCAUGAAACUGAAGGAGGAGGGCCGUGGGAUAUUAUAUGUUUCAAUUUCCCUCAUGUUGGUGGGUUAAGUACGGACGUGAAUCGGCAGGUUCGGUCCAACCAAGAGCUUCUAGUCGGAUUCUUCAAGGCGUGUGUACCUCUUCUCUCUGUUCCGGCAUCCAGCGAUGACUGGUCUGAUUUUGAAGAUGAGGAUGAAUACCCGGACGAUGAGGAAGAUGACUCGUUAUUUAAUCCUGAUGAAGUGCGAUACAAACCUAGAAAGGAGCCAGGUUAUGUUAUUGUGACUCUAUUUGAAGGAGAGCCAUAUACGCUGUGGAAUAUCAGAGAUCUAGCCCGGCACGCGGGCCUACGUGUUGUAACUAGCUUCAGUUUUCCAUGGACUAGUUAUCCUGGUUACUCUCAUGCACGUACAAUAGGUGCUAUUGAAGGGAAGGAUGGCGGGAGAGGUGGAUGGAAAGGCGAGGAGAGAGAGGCGAGAAGUUAUGUAUUUGAGCGGAAAGGAUUCGAAGACCAGAAUAUCAAUUCUGGAAAGCGUAAACGAACGGCAGGAGGAUCUGAGAGCGGAAGUGACUGA